UUGUUCCUGUAGCAUGUCAUUUUCUUACACGAUGAGUGUAAGAUAUAUGUAGAUUACAUUGUUGUGAUUUUAAAUAAGUCAGCAUAUGACCACGAGGUGAUUUGUAAUUAACCAACUACUGUAAACAUGAUAAAAGAAAUAAAACCAUUAAUGGAUCACUAUGCAGAUUCCGAAUUUAUGGGCAUUAUAGUUGCUAUAAUAGCGAUUGUCUUAACCAUAGUGUUAUUUUUCAUAUGGCGCAGAAAAAAGUCCAUAGGUAAUAGGAUACUUUUAACUGGUUUGAGCGAUUCUGGUAAAACUCUGAUAUUUGCACGUUUAUUAUGUUCCAAAUUUGUUAAAACUUAUACGUCUGCAAAAGAGAAUACAGAAGAUAUUGUAAUUAAUAAUCGUACCUUGAAACUUGUUGAUAUUCCUGGACACGAACGUUUACGAUAUAAAUUUUUUGAUCAAUUUAAAUUAUCUGCAAAAGGAUUAGUCUAUAUAAUUGAUUCGGUAACCUUCCAAAAGGAUAUUCGUGAUGUAGCAGAGUACUUGUAUAAUAUAUUAUCUGAUCCUUCAAUGCAAAAUAAAUCUGUGCUCGUAUUAUGUAAUAAACAAGAUCAAACUAUGGCAAAGGGUUCUUCUGUUAUAAAAACUUUGUUAGAGAGAGAAAUGAAUUUGUUACGUAUGACGAAAACAAGUCAGCUGGAAGCUACAGAUGCAUCAUCUACAAAUGCCUUUCUCGGCAAAGAAGGAAAAGAUUUUGAAUUUUCCCAGUUGGUUACACAAAUAGACUUUGCAGAAUCCAAUGCAUUUAGUAAGGAUGCUGAUACGUCAGCUGACAUUGAACAAUUAAAUGCGUGGUUAAAAAAAAUUGUAUAAGAAUGUACACUUGUUUUUUUAAAUAAAUUAUUUCUUUUUAAGUUUCUAAA